UUGAGAAAGAGAGAAAGUUGUUCCAAGAGAGAAGGAAGUGAUUAGAGAAAAUGGGACAUUGUUUAAACUAAAGGACAAUACAGGUGGCGACAGGAGAUUUGAGGGAAAUGUUGAAAUAUUUGAUUGAUUAUGAAAGACAAUAUUGACCUUUUUGCUUUGUAAAUUUUGAAAAGAAAAAUGAUAUAUUAGGUAAAAUGGUGACAUCUUAUAUUAAUAGCUAGAUAGUUGAUUUUAAAUGUAUGGCAUUCAAAUCAUUUUAAAUUGUGGCAUUUUAAAAAUUUUGUUUUAAAUAGGUUGGAUUCGUCCGAUUGACAACAGUACUUACUAUAUGCUAAUUUUGUUAAACUUUUGAUAUAUAAUGAAAUCUCUAGAAGUAGUGGAAUUCAUUUUGACCGUACAUACUAAUUUUUUUUAUGUAAAAAUACUACUACACUACUAGUAUAAGAUACUCUAAAGUAAAGAGCUUAAUUAAAAAAGUGAUUAUCCUAUGCUUCCGUUCCACACUACACCCCUUCAAUUACUAACUCCUCUAAUUACGGACUUUCAUUAUAUAAUAAAAUAAUCAGAUCCUAAACCAAAACGGACCAAUAACAAUAACCAUGGUUGAAGUACUACUACUACUUACCCACUCCCAUCAACUAAUGAAGAGUGAGUGAGUGAGUGAGUGACAGUACUACUCGUAGCAGCAGUAGCUACCACUAACCCUUUUCUCACCACUCACCAGACUCAAAAAACUCAACUUUCCCUCCAUCAACAAUGACCCAAACAACCUGCAUUUUCCUAAUCUCACUCAUAGCUUCCUUUUUCACCCAUGGAACUUCCAUGCUCAACCUCACUCUCCCUGCUCAACAUCCUGACCCUGAAUCUGUUGCCAUAGAAGUUCACAGGAAAGUGAAUGAAUCAAUGGGAAGAAGAGAAAUGCUAUCGCUAUCAACCAAAGAUUUUUCCUCAUCCUGCCAAACAGGCAACCCGAUAGACGAUUGUUGGAAAUGCGACCCAGAUUGGUCCAACAAUCGUCAAAGGUUAGCAGAUUGUGGCAUUGGGUUUGGCCAGAAUGCCAAAGGAGGAAAAGGUGGUAAAUUCUACAUUGUAACAGACUCAUCCGACAAUGAUCCUGUGAACCCAAAACCUGGUACACUAAGAUAUGCUGUCAUACAGAAUGAACCGUUGUGGAUUGUUUUUCCAAGUAACAUGAUGAUUGAGUUGUGUCAAGAGCUUAUUUUUAACAGCUUUAAGACUAUUGAUGGACGUGGUGCUGAUGUUCAUAUUGUGGGUGGUGGGUGCAUUACUCUUCAGUAUAUUAGUAAUGUUAUUAUACAUAACAUUCAUGUUCAUCAUUGUCAUCCUUCAGGUAACACUAACGUGAGAUCAAGUCCAGAACACUACGGAUACAGAACAAUAUCAGACGGAGACGGAAUCUCCAUAUUCGGAUCAAGCAACAUAUGGAUAGACCAUUGCACACUCUCCCGUUGCAAAGACGGUUUAAUCGAUGCCGUAAUGGGUUCAACUGCAAUAACUAUCUCCAACAACCAUUUCUCACACCACAAUGAGGUUAUGUUACUAGGUCACAGUGAUCAUUACAAACCAGACUCAGCAAUGCAAGUAACUAUAGCAUUCAACCAUUUUGGAGAACAGUUAGUUCAACGAAUGCCACGUUGCAGACUCGGAUACAUCCACGUCGUAAAUAACGAUUUUACGAGGUGGGAGAUGUAUGCUAUUGGCGGAAGUGGUGGGCCCACUAUUUAUAGUCAAGGUAACAGGUAUACGGCUCCUGAGGAUGUUGAUGCGAAACAAGUGACGAAGAGGUUGGAUUCGGGUGAAGGGGAAUGGACGACAUGGAAUUGGAAAUCGGAGGGUGAUUUUAUGGUGAACGGUGCAUUUUUUGUCGAUUCAGGUAGUGAGAGUGAAGGGAAUUUUCAGAAGGCUUAUAGUGUCGAUCCUAAAACGGUUGAUCGGAUUUCUGCUCUUACUAUGUCUGCCGGUGUUCUUGGUGUUGCUAGGGACAACAAUCUGGGAAUGUGGACAAGAGCACCGAACGGUGGUGGUGAUUAUAGUAUUUCAUAUUCCGGAGAACAAGAGUACACUGAUGACAUGUCCCACAGUACGAUGAUGUUGACCCAUUUCUUUACUUUGACUCUUGUAUCUCUUUUUGUUGCACUUUUGUGUUUGUUGUCUUAUGCACCCAUUCUAUCCUAACUAUAGGUCUUUAACAGUAAAAGAAGAAUUAAGCAUCUUCUUUUUAAUUGGUGUUAGAUGUUUAGUGACUCUUGUUGAAAUUGAAAUGAAGAGAUAUUGCUCCUUAAAAUCAGGGCAACGUUUAAGACUUUUCUUC